CGGUGUCCUCUGCCCGCCCCGCCCCGCCGCCCUCUCCCCGCCGCACCAUGCUGCUCGCCCGGGCCCUGCGCGCCGCCGCCGCGCUGCGCCCGCCGACCCGCCGCCUCCUCUCCUCCUCCUCCGCCUCUCCCCGCGCUCUCCUGCCGCCGCCCGCCGCCGCCGCGCCGCCCCUGGCGCGCUCCCUCUGGCAGCUGGGCGGCGGCGGCGGGCGGACAGCGCUGCUCCGCCCGCGGCGGGGCUCGGCCGGCGGCGUCUCCUGCGGCUGCGGCGGCCUCCACACGGAGGGCGACAAGGCCUUCGCCCAGUUCCUGACGGAUGAGAUCAAAGAGGAGAAGAAGAUCCAGAAGCACAAAUCCCUGCCCAAGGUGUCCGGGGGGUGGGAGCUGGAAGUCCACGGCACGGAGGCCAAGCUUGUGCGGAAGAUCGCCGGGGAGAAGAUAACAGUCACAUUCAACAUCAAUAACAGCAUUCCACCCUCGGUUGAUGACGAACCACAAGAAGAGCAGAAACCUGAUGAGCAGGAGCCUGAGCUUACAUCAACUCCAAACUUUGUUGUGGAAGUGAUAAAAGAUGACACGAAACAGACGCUUGUCCUUGACUGCCAUUAUCCCGAAGACGAGGUUGGCCAUGAGGGAGAGGAAGAAAGUGAUAUUUUCACGAUUCGGGAGGUCAGUUUUCAGCCCACCGGAGAGUCAGAUUGGAAGGACACCAACUACACCCUCAAUACGGAUUCCCUUGACUGGGCUCUGUACGAUCACCUAAUGGAUUUCCUGGCUGAUCGAGGAGUGGACAACACGUUUGCUGAUGAGUUAAUAGAGCUCAGCACUGCGCUGGAGCACCAGGAGUACAUUAAAUUCCUUGAAGACCUUAAAAGCUUUGUCAAAUGUCAAUAGGUUAGGGCAGGAAAUGUAUCUUCAAGUGUGGGUAUUCCACAGCACUGCUCCAGCCAGCAAUACCUAAAUAUAUCUUCACAACAGAUGCGGAGAGUAAGUAACUUUGAAUUUGGAAACAAGCAUUGUGGGAGAAUGAGGAUUCCUGAUUGUAUUUGGGGAUUUGUAUUUAUGUUGCAGCCCACAUCAAGGUCUCUAACAUUACCGUCCCAGAAUUGCCUUACCCCACUUGACGGUUUUUGUACAAUUAAGAAUGAAUGUGAAGAAUAAAAUCUGUUCAACAUA